CUGUCAGAUAUUAUAUUGUUGACGCAUGAAUAGUUUUAGUUUAGGUGGAGUUUCCGCAAUUUGUAAACUAAUUUUUAUCUCUAUUAUUUUUAAAUAUUAAAAGAUGUCUGGUCAAAACGUGAACGUUUGUGAUAUUGGCGAUGAAGUUAAGGACGUAUUAAAAAAGUUCCGAUUUCAAAAACACACAACAAAUUCUGCGUUGAUACUAAAGGUAAACAGAGAGAAACAAGCAUUGGAAGUGGACGAGGAACUUGAUAAUGUGGAGCUUGAAGAGCUACAGGAUAUCCUGCCAUCACAUCAACCACGGUUCAUUGUUUACAGUUAUAAAUUGGAACAUAGUGAUGGACGAACAUCAUUUCCCAUGUGUUUCAUAUUCUACACUCCACGUGAUGCUCAUAUGGAACUUCAGGUUAUGUACGCGGGUACUCAACGUGCACUGGCUGCAGCCGUCGGCGCUCCUCGGCUGUUAGAAGUGAGAGAGAUAGAUGAACUUACAAGCGAAUGGCUUAUCGAGAAACUAAGGAAAUAGGACUCUAGGCCAAUAUCUACAGUCAUGUUUCGUAAGAUUAAUUUAUAGUAAUUUGAAAGUGUUGCCCGUUAUUGCUAUACUUUUAUAUAUAUACAACUCGUAAAGCUAUUGUAAUAUUCGUGGUAUAAAAAAAACACACGCACACAAUGGACCAAAUUCAAUUGAAUCAUAAUUUCGCUGUACACAUUCCAUGAUUUUAUGCAUUGAUACAUUAUUGAUAAAUAAAAUUAUCUUAAAUUUAUCUUAUAUUUAUAAAAAAAUUAUCUUAAAAUGAUAGUAAUCAUAAAAUUAAACGAAUAUUCAAAUAUUAUAAUUGCUUUUGCACAUUGAUGUAUGUAUGCUUUAGUCUGUAGCUUUAGUAUAUAUAGUAAUUAGUAAUUGUACUCAGUAAUCAGAACCUAAAAUCAGGCAGUUAUCGUACCAAGCCCGAAAAAUUAUCGUAUAUUGAUGAAAAUUAUCGUACAUCAGGAUAAUACAUCAAAAAAAAACCCAAAAAUAUAUUUUAAAUCAGUUUUCAUUAUAGUUUAAAUGAGUAGAAAAAAAUAAUAAUCAAGAACCAAUGAAUAUGCGAAUUAUUGUAAUGAUCAAAUUCAAAAAGACAGUAACUGCUAACACUCCGCAUCAAACCAAGAUAUUGAUAUCGAUCGCUGAUUAAAAAACAGUACAAUGACCCAAUGACAGUAAAAAAAAAAAUUGUAAUUGAUUAUUGUGAUUACCAAAAUAUCAUAAUGAAAAUUAUAGUACGAUAGUAGUGUACCAGCGUACAUCGUACGUUGUUAUGAAAUUAUCGUACUUGUACGAUAUUUAUCGUACGGUUGUGAACCCUGAUUGUAUUGUAUGUAUGAAUGAUAUUGUAUCAAAUUGACCAAUCUUAAAUACGUAAGACCUAUUACUCAGAUGUGCUGUCAAAUACUUAAUUAAAUCGACCAAUCAAAUUGCACGAGACAUUACAGUUCUAAUCCUGUCAAAACGUUAUCGACCAAUCAAAAUACAAGAUUCUUACAACUGCCAUAGUAACUGUCAAAAUGACCAAUCAUAACCCGCGAAACCUACAGCAAAUUAGUGUUGAUACUAUUUAUAAUUUGAUUAGGAUUAUUUUCAUUACCUGAAAUGUUUUUCACGUCGUUGACAAUAACACUAUGACAUUAAAAAAAAAAGUAUAGUAAUUAUAAUAGUUUUUUU